AAGCUAACUAUUGAGAAGCAAGACUAUUUAUUACACCCAGUAAUAACGCGAUGUUAACCUCUAUUCCCGAAUUCCAACAGUCCGAGACACCAAACAUAAUCUAACAAGUACAGAACAGGACAAAUGUGUAUCAUUCAGCGGCUUUAAAAUCUAUUAUAAAAUCGAACUGUUAUUUUUCCAGGUGAUGCGAACAUAACCUUUGAGAGAAAGUGAAUAUUUAAUUCAAAAUCAACAGUAAUAUGUGAAUAAAUCCGUGUGAAAGGGUGGAGAUUGUGGAGCAGGAUGCACAAGAACUAGAGCUCUUUUGCGCCCCGUGGACAAGAGGAAGGCGCCUGUCCCUUUAAGACAGACAUACCAUUUCCUUCUCAGCAACUGGAACAGCCUGAGUGACAGCGCGGAAGGAUACUUCAACUCCGACGGCGCAACCUAACCCCAGAACAUAAGAACCACCAGUUCAUCUAUUUCUGUGCAUUCCAAUUGGGGAAACGUUAAACUCUCAGAAGUGAUUGGCCUAAAAGGCUGCCAUUCGUAUUUGUUGCUAAUACUAGGUUGCACUUGGUGGUUACAUUGUAUUUUCUUUUAGUGGUUUCAAUAGUUACCUGGGAGCAAAAAAAUAGGCAGGCAGUCGGGUAACAGCGAAAUAAAAGUGGGGCCAACCGAACGAGACUAGGACUGGGGGACCCCAGCUAUCGUAUGCAGUGCGGCGGGGUGAGUACAGAGUAAAGGGGUAGUACCCCAUCAUAUAUACCCCUGUCAGGAGGAGGUUGUCAAAGCUUAAUAGGUCUGGGAAUAUGGAAUGCUGCGUGAAAAUGUAAGAGAUCGUACUUUAACAAACAGUGGACUGAGUAUGUGUAAUAAUUCCUGAAUUAUUAUAUGAUGACAUUGUCUCGGUCUUGUGAGAGUCGUAGUCUGAGCCAGAUGCCAAACAAACGUACGUUGGUAUUCUAAAGCAGAGCUAAGAAACUGGGAUAUCCACAGGAGAUUCAAAUACAUUCUAAUUGGAUAGUUGCCUGUAUAGGAUUUCAUUAGGAUUCAAAGCCUCCAUCCAUCAAUAAUUCAUUCAUCUUUAGAGGUACAUCAUCCAGAAAUAUAUGUGAGUUGCUCAGGAUUACUAAUGGUUUGACAAGCACACACAUGAAAGACAGAAGUUUCUACAGUGUCCACUUGACAGAUUGCACUGCAACUUAUAAGAUUGAAAAGAAGAACUGCUCUGCUGGUGUGCAGACUUGGAGUUUAUAAUAAAAAACAAAAAUACCAUGAACUGAAGGACAAAGAGAAAAUAUUUUCCUCAAGAAAAGGAAUCUACUUCAGCACUAAGCUUUCUGCACUAAAAAAACAAUUAUAGGUAAAAUGGGGAGAAAAAAGAUACAGAUUCAGCGAAUAACAGAUGAAAGGAAUAGACAGGUGACAUUCACAAAACGGAAGUUCGGUCUGAUGAAAAAGGCCUACGAACUCAGUGUUCUGUGUGACUGUGAGAUAGCACUGAUCAUCUUCAACCACUCAAACAAGUUGUUUCAGUAUGCCAGCACUGACAUGGAUAAGGUGUUACUGAAAUACACAGAGUACAAUGAGCCACAUGAAAGUCGGACCAAUGCUGAUAUCAUUGAGACCUUAAGAAAAAAAGGCUUUAAUGGCUGUGACAGCCCAGAACCUGAGGGUGAUGACUCGAUUGAUCAGAGUCCGCUCAUGGAAGACAAAUUCCGUAAAGCUACUGAGGACCUCGAUGUGAUAUUCAAAAGAUAUGGUACUACUGUGCCUUCACAGAACUUCAGCAUGCCAAUCACAGUUCCAGUGACCAAUCAAAAUACAUUACAGUUUACUAAUCCUGGCGCUUCUCUGGUGACCCAUUCCUUGGUAACAUCAUCAUUAACCGACCCUCGUCUUCUUUCGCCACAACAACCAACACUUCAGCGAAACACAGUAUCACCAGGUUUGCCUCAGAGGCCAGCCAGUGCAGGUGCAAUGCUUGGUGGUGACCUCAACAACUCCAACUCAGCUUGUCCAAGUCCAGUGGGAAAUGGCUAUGUAAGUGCCAGAGCAUCCCCUGGACUCUUGACUGUGUCCAAUGGAAACAGUAUGGGUAAAGUGAUCCAGUCGAAGUCACCACCUCCUCACAACACACAACUUGGUAUUGCCAGUCGCAAACCAGACCUUCGAGUCAUCACUUCACAAAGUGGAAAAGGGUUAAUGCAACACUUGACGGAGGAAGAUUUGGAACUGGUGAGUUUAGGAGCGAAUGCACAGCGGUUGGGGGUGUCCCAGGGAGCUCACUCAUUAACCACCCCAGUGGUCUCUGUAGCAACUCCAAGUUUACUGACUCAGGGGGUACAGUUUUCAGCCAUGCCCACAGCAUACAACCCAGAUUACCAGCUGACAAGUGCUGAUUUAUCUCUACAUGCAUUCAACCCAUCUAGUGGCUUGUCGCUAGGCAACAUCUCUGUCUGGCAACAGCAACAGCAGCAGCUGGGGCCUGUGACAAUUAGUAAUUUAUUGCCCAGCAACCAGUUAAGUCAGAGCUUAGCACUAACUGUCAACACUAGUCAAAUCAAGAAAGAACCACCACAGUCACCAAACCGAGACCGCAGUAAUGCCAACACCCAGUCCUCCUCAAGUUACCCACAGCAGAUGCGCCAGGAGCCAACUGGUCGAUCUCCUGUUGACAGCCUCAGCAGCAAUGCCAGUUCUUAUGAAGGGAGUGACAGGGACGAUGGUCGUGCAGACUUCAGCUCAUCACUUGGGCUUCUAAGGCCCAGCAGAGAAACCGAAAACGAUAGUCCCUCUGUAAAACGCAUGUGUCUGGAUUCCUGGGUAACAUAACCUUCUGGCUCCAGCCUCUGCUCACACCUGGGAUGGGUUGGGGGGGCAGGGCUUGAAAAAGGACUAGAUGGUGCGAUCAUAUUUGAAACUGCCUGAGAAAUAGCUGUAGUGAUUUUUUCUGACAUUUCUCAAAAUGGACACGAGCUCAGGCAAUGUUUGUUGUGCAUAGUGUUGUCCACAUAUAUCAGUGGCUCCUGUCCAAGCCAGCCAGUAAAGAAGAAAAUGGAUGGUCUUCAAUUUUUCCCUCUUCUCUUGUUCCAAGAAAUAAUGACUAGAAGACAUGAGUUAGAGUUCCAGCCAGAUCGUGUAACACUUUAUGAACUUCCACAUGCUCAGACUAGUCUAAUUUGGAGCAGACAGAACUGUGGCUUCACAAGCACAUACCCAUAAAGAAUAUAUGCAUUGCUUCUGUGCACUUCCUUGCAUAAUAUGCUCUUGAUCUUUUAGCUAGCCGUUAUCCCUCCACCAGUUCUUACAAUGGAUACUGUACUUUUAGUAGGGAGUGUCUGCGGUCAUGGUGUUUUGCAGCUGUAACUCAAAACACAAACUUGAUAAGAAUGUCCAGGUUCAGAUCUAGAUAUAAUUGCUUACUCUACCAACUCAAGCAGUUCUUUCAACCUGCAGUGCCUCAGUCCAUUCACCCGUUGUAAAUAAAUAAAUAAAUAUGAUGGGUGAAAAGCGGAAGUCAGCUGAACAUCAGAUGUUGCACAGUAGUUGAUUCAUUUUCCAUGAAUAAACUGUUCAGAAAUCUAUAGCAGAAGUUUACACAGAAAUACAUAUACAUCUGUCAGGCCUUCAUCAGCUGCCACUUCCCAUUUCAUUUUAAGUAGGUAACUAAGUCAGGCUGAAGGCAGUUUUCAUCUAUUGCCUUGCUGCUUGUCUUUAAUUCCCAUUUUGUUUAGCGGGGCAUCUUCUGAUACAUGAGCAUGAUCUGCUCAGUCAGCUGAUCAGAGAAGGCUCAACACAUAUUACUAUAGCAUGUUACACUUGAACAGCUAGGUGUAUGUACUGAGCAUGCUUGAGCCAGUCAGAUGUAGUUAUGGCAGAGUAAUGAGAGCAGUGUGAAAGAUUCCACUUAUCUAAUUAAAAUGGCACUUCAUGUGGCACUUGCUUGUAGUAGGAAUAACUGUGAAAUGACAGCUAUUUUGGUUCUUCAGUUUUGCAUACUUAACUGUUUCACAGUUCCACAAGUUUAUUCAACUUCAGUAUGAUGUUGCCACAGUUUUUAUUUCAGAGGCGUUAUGUAUCUUUUUAUUUUAUGGUGUUAGUAGUAAUUUUAACUUAAGUACUUCUCAAACAAUAAUUAAUUUUGAUGAGUAUUGAUCCCUUUGGCAUAUACCAGUCUUAAAUUAACUUUUAAGUGUACCUUCAUUUACAGUGGAAUCAUGACUUGAAACAUGGGAGAUGCAUCAAAAGUCUGACACAUGUAAUACACAAUCCAAAGGACUUGAGUUGCAGGCUAAUUAGCAGCAAUUAUCAGUAAAAGUUUUCAGAUUUAUGCUAUACUUGCAUGAGAUUUGAAGACAGUUCAAGUUUAAAUGUUGGAAUAAGGAGAUCAGAUUUUCUAUAAAAUUAAUUUCUUGUUGAAUGUUUUAUUGUCAUCCUCAUCAAAAUCAAAUAUUUUACAUAAUUUUUAAAUUUAUUUAAAGUAAACUUCACAUUAGUUCCAUUUACACUGUUUUGCCAGAAGAUUUAGUACAUUGUAGUGAGAAGUGCUACAGGCAGGCAGCCUCUGAUAGUUUUCAUUUGUACUAUGUCAGAGGCUACAGGUAUGUAGUCCCUGAUAGUUUUCAUUUGUACUGUAUCAGGGGGUAUGUAGCCCCUGAUAGUCUUCAUUUGUACUGUACAUAAUGCCAGUGAUUAGCAGGGAUUAGCCCAAAACAAGUUUUAAUGGCUAUAAACAGAUACUGUUGCAUUCACUAUCUGCAAAUGCCCAUUAAAGCAGUAUAGUUGAUUCAAAAGGCAGUAAUUAGUUAGUAUGUAGUUUUUGUAUUGACAUGAAAAAAGUAAUACAAAUGACUGCUUCAGAAGUUACUAAAUAUGAUAGCUGAACUGUUCAGAUGUUCUUAUUUAGAUUUAAAGUACAAAAGUACAUCUAAUCAAGAAUGGUUCAGUGUGGCUGAAGCAAGUAUACACCCACGUGACUGAGUUACUAAUUACUUUUUCUUGCAGUGCUUCACUGUGCGUGCAAUCCAACAGAGCAUAUCUCACACACACACACAAAUACAUAUAUGUAUGUGUGUAUGU